AUGUCUUUUUCAAAUCUCGUCUCCGACCUCGCGUUGAGAGACAGCUAUGAAGACCGAAACUCCCAGAUCUCGAAUGCACGGUCUCAAGUUACCGCUCGAUCAUACACAAGUACAGCUGCCACAAGUGUCAGCAUAGCCGGAGACAUCUCAAGCCAGCUACAUUCUGGCUACAGCCAUCCACUCAGCAGGUCAUGGCAAGCAGAGAGGCAAUUGACCAAGGAAAUGUUAAUCUACCCCCUUUUCAUCACCGACAACCCGGAUGAAGAGACGCCUAUUCCGUCACUCCCAAAUCAACACCGUCGAGGAUUGAAUCGGCUCGUACCAUUCCUGCGGCCCCUUGUUCAGAAGGGUCUCCGCUCUGUUAUCCUGUUUGGUGUUCCGCUGCAUCCAUCUGCCAAGGAUGCAUUGGGAACCUCCGCGGACGACCCAGCCGGCCCCGUCGUACAGGCCAUUCGUCUUCUCCGCUCGCGCUUUCCAGAACUUUACAUCGUGACUGACGUUUGCAUAUGUGAAUACACAUCUCAUGGCCACUGCGGAAUUCUGCGGGAGGACGGUACGCUCGAUAAUGCGCAGUCCGUUGACCGAAUAUCGGAUGUUGCGUUGGCUUAUGCUAGCGCUGGUGCGCACUGCGUCGCGCCAUCUGACAUGAACGAUGGGAGAGUUCGCGCCAUAAAAUUGAAACUAAUUGAGGCUGGUCUGGCUCAUCGUGUGCUGUUAAUGUCUUAUAGUGCUAAAUUUAGCGGCUGCCUUUAUGGACCGUUCAGGGACGCGGCUGGUUCUUGCCCUUCAUUUGGAGACCGCAGAUGCUACCAGCUUCCCCCUGGUGGCCGCGGGCUUGCACGGAGAGCUAUUCAAAGGGACAUCGGCGAGGGUGCGGAUAUCAUUAUGGUAAAGCCAGCAAGCAGCUAUCUUGAUAUCAUUAGAGACGCAAAAGAACUUGCGAAGGAUAUUCCAAUUGCGGCUUAUCAAGUUAGUGGCGAAUAUGCCAUGAUACAUGCUGGAGCAAAGGCUGGAGUCUUCGAUCUGAAAUCAAUGGCUUUUGAGAGUACCGAAGGAAUUUUACGAGCUGGCGCUGGGAUAAUAGUCAGCUAUUUUGUGCCAGAAUUUUUAGAUUGGCUCUAA